CAAAAGAACGAUAAAAAAUAUUAGACAAUAAACACACUUGACCAAAUCAAGUCAAAAUUCCAACUAUUUAAAAUUGAGAAAAUUAUAAAAUCCCAAAAAAAUUUUUCGGCAAACAGAUAUAAAGCUAAAAUCAGAAAUAUGACUGGUUCGUUCAGUGUGAAGCUAAAAUCGAAAAAAGGUCAAUUCAUUGUCAAUGACCUGAACGAGAACACAACAAUAGCUGAACUUAAAUCACGGAUAUCUCAGGCAACGGAAAUCAAGGAGCCACAAUUACACGUGCUCGUCGGUUUCCCUCCACGGCCGCUGGAUCUUAGCGACCAGCAGCAGCGGAAUCUGCGCUCCAUUGGCAUCCAAAGUGGCGAAACGCUGAUUGUGGAAGAGAAGGCAGCGCCAGUGGCCAACUCCGCAACCAUUGAGGACGACGAGGCGCUGGCGCGUCGUCUGCAGGCGGAAGAAGAUGCGGAGCACCUGCGUCAGGUAACUACCUCAAGCAAUGCCGAACUGGACUCUGUCGACAUUGUUGCUCAUAGCAGCAACGGGCGCGAGAGCGCACCCGUGUCCGCGCCCGCGGAAGCUGGACAAAAUGGCGACUUCAAUGGAAUACUGUUGAAAAAGGUGGUGCCAGCGGAUAACUCGUGCCUCUUUACAAGCAUACGUUUCGUUCUCAAUGGCAAGGUGGACAACGAGGGCAGCGAAAUGAUGCGUCAUAUUAUCGCGCAGGAGGUGGCCGCCGAUCCGCAGCAAUACAAUGAUGCCGUCCUUGGCAAAUCAAACGCCGAGUACUGCGCUUGGAUACAGAAGGCGGACUCGUGGGGCGGCGCCAUCGAGGUGUCCAUAUUAUCCAAUUAUUAUGGCAUUGAGAUCGAUGUCGUUGAUAUACAAAACGCGAUUAUCAAUCGGUUCGGUGAGGACAAAAACUUUGGUUUACGUGUGUUCCUACUGUUCGAUGGCAUACACUACGAUCCACUUUACAUGGAGACCUCACAGAGUGCCGCACCAGCUACCAUCUUCCCCGUUGAGGAGCUGGGCGUCUAUCAGCAAGCGGAGCAGCUGGCCAACGAAGCAAAGUCCUCACGCCAAUUUACAAAUGUGGAUAAAUUUAAUCUUCGUUGUUUACAGUGUGAUCUAUUACUUGUGGGUCAGGCCCAAGCCCAGCAGCACGCCAAGGCGACUGGUCAUGCGAACUUUGGGGAAAUUUAAUACGUACUGAUCUUUGGCACCAUUUAUAUUUUGGCUUUUAUUCUGUUUGCCUAUUACAUACUCACCACAUAGUUUCAGUCGAAGAAAUUGUCAGCUCUUGCCGAUUACUUUCGCAUUCUCUAGCAAAAUUUUUACAAACUCCUGUGGUUCAUUUAUUUAACUCUCUUUCUACGCCCAAGCAACUGUCAUUUGAGUUUUUGGAGAAUAAUAAAGUUCCAUUCAUUAAACUAGCA